AUGGGUCAGACACUUUCCGAGCCGGUUAAAGAAAAACAUACAGUGUCGGGUCAUGACGACCGUAUACUAUAUGCUUCUUCUGCUAUGCAAGGCUGGCGUAUUAGUAUGGAAGACGCACAUACUGCUACACUAAAACUUCUUGAUAAAAAGGGAUAUAGUUACUUUGGCGUUUACGACGGCCACGGUGGACAAAAUGUAGCUAAAUAUAGUGGCAAUAAUCUUCACGCUCGGAUUGCAAGAGAUAAAGACUUUGAUAAAGAUCUUAAAGCGGCCAUACAGAAUGGUUUUUUGGGAACAGAUGAUGAUCUAAAGAAUGAUCCUCAAUUUGCAAAUGAUCCCUCAGGAUGUACGGCAGUUAUGGCUAUUGUAACACCAAAUAAUGAAAUAUACGUCGGAAACGCGGGAGAUUCUCGUGCUGUUCUUAGUGUAGAUGGUGAAGCAGUCCAAAUGUCAGAAGAUCAUAAACCUGUUAACAAAGGUGAAGCUGACAGGAUUUCAAAGGCCGGUGGAUUUGUUGAAUUUGGACGAGUCAAUGGAAAUUUGGCAUUGUCUCGUGCUCUUGGUGACUUUGAAUUUAAGCAAAAUCCGAAAUUCAAAGCCGAUGAACAAAUCGUAACAGCAUAUCCUGAUGUUAAAAAUGAAGAAAUUAAAACUGAUUCUACAGAGUUUUUAGUCUUAGCAUGUGAUGGUAUAUGGGAUUGUCUUUCGUCACAACAAGUUGUCAGCUUUAUUCGUAAAAAUCUUUCCGAACAUAAAGACCUCAGGAAAGCUUGUGAAGAUUUGAUGGAACGCUGUUUAGCUAACGAUAGUGAACUUGGUGGUAUUGGUUGUGAUAAUAUGACCGUAAUCGUUGUCGGAUUUCUCCAUAACAGAUCUGAAAAGGACUGGUAUGAAUGGAUGGCAAAAAGAUAUGGUGAAAUUGGCCCUAAAUAUCAAGAGGAGCAGCCCAAACCAACAAAGGAAGAACAGAAUUUAAACGGUGAAAAUAUCGAUGAUGAUGUGAGUAUGACUGGACUAGAACCAAAUGAUGAUCUUUCAAUUGACGGUAGAGUCGACAGUUCUGACAGUAUUAAGAGUACUGAUUCAAAUCGAAGUGAUAGCACUGAUAGUUUCUCUAGUGAUUCAAGCCGUAAUUAUAACACUCCUAGUGGUAAUAAUAACAACCCUGGUACUGAGGGUAAUCGUUCUUCUCCACGAACUACACCGCCACUUAGAGGUCCUGACAAUACACCACCUCCGG